GCUCAGAAAGUGUCCGACGACCUGAUGCAGAAGAUCAGCUCCCAAAACCGCCGGGCCCUGGACCUGGUGGUGGCGAAAUGUUAUUACUACCACUCCCGCAUCUAUGAAUUCCUGAAUAAACUCGACGUGGUCAGGAGCUUCCUGCAUGCCCGGCUACGGACGGGCCCACUGCGCCACGAUGCAGAUGGGCAAGCCACGCUCCUGAACCUGCUGCUGAGGAACUAUCUCCACUACAACCUUUACGACCAAGCAGAAAAACUCGUCUCCAAGUCUGUGUUUCCCGAGCAGGCCAACAACAAUGAGUGGGCUCGGUACCUCUAUUACACAGGGCGCAUCAAGGCCAUCCAGCUGGAGUACUCGGAGGCGCGGAGGACCAUGACGAACGCCCUGCGGAAGGCGCCGCAGCACACGGCUGUUGGCUUCAAGCAGACGGUGCACAAGCUGCUCAUCGUGGCCGUCAGGACUGGGAACCUGUCCAAGUUCAACCAAGUCCUCGAUCAGUUUGGGGACAAGUUCCAGGCUGAUGGCACCUACACCCUGAUCAUUCGUCUGAGGCACAACGUCAUCAAGACGGGUGUCCGGAUGAUCAGCCUCUCCUACUCCCGCAUCUCCCUGGCCGAUAUCGCCCACAAGCUGCAGCUGGACAGCCCGGAGGACGCUGAGUUCAUUGUCGCCAAGGCCAUCCGGGAUGGCGUCAUCGAGGCCAGCAUUAACCACGAGAAGGGCUACGUCCAGUCCAAGGAGAUGAUCGACAUCUAUUCCACCCGGGAGCCCCAGCUGGCCUUUCACCAGCGCAUCUCCUUCUGCCUCGACAUCCACAACAUGUCUGUCAAGGCCAUGAGGUUCCCACCCAAAUCUUACAACAAGGACUUGGAAUCUGCAGAGGAGCGCCGGGAGCGCGAGCAGCAGGACCUGGAGUUCGCAAAGGAGAUGGCAGAGGACGAUGAUGACGGUUUUCCGUGACCCUCUGGCCUGGCUGUAUUUUUUUAUUUGUCC